AUGUGCGGCCGAGAUUGUAAGGUUAUAAAGUCAUGGUUUAUUGUUGCAGAGCCGUUGAUUCCAUCUUCUGUAUUCGAAAUGUGCGGUCAUGAUGUGCAUAUUUUGAACGUGUGGCUGCAAUUCUUUGAGAUCGGAAAAAGUACACAACUUUGCUGUUUUUCAGCUGUGAGACACUACAAUUCGAGGAUAAGGAAGUCUAGGAUUGUUGUUAUCAAAUCUGGUAACAAGCUUUCAGAGUUGUCUGAGCGUUUGGUCAUUGAGUUUGGUCUUACUGAGGACGACAACACCGCUGCACUUAGCUAUUGGCCUGGUAACAUUUGCGACUUCGUAACUGGUUCUAAAAUUCCUCAUGUUUUACUCACAAGCGACGGUGCUCUGGAUUUUUUUGUUAGUCAGUUACGUUUGAACAAAUCACUAACCUUGUGUGUCAAAUUCAUCACCUCUGGUAAACGAAAAUCGAAUGGUUUCUCUCAAUCAUCUGGAUAUACUACUCCGGUAAUCGACAGUAAACGGAGAUGUGUUUUUUCUUCACCGGCUUCGAACACAAAUUCGAACCACACCGUGCCAUCAAAAUUCUUACAUGAUGAAGAUGUUGGUUUACCAUCUGUUGGAUCAAAGACAAACUAUAUUUUAACUGAUGAUGAGUUGAUAAAAGGCGUAGAAAUUGCUGAAGCCUUGUUUGCUGAGUUUUCUGGAAAGAGAAAGGAUACUGAUUUUGCUGAGUCUUCUGGAAAGAGAAAAGAAAGUGAAUCAGAUACUAAAGAUGAAGAAGACAGAUUUGGUACCGAAUCUAUCCCUGAUUUUGACCUAGGAAUUGAUGAUGUGAACGAUACUAGGCCUCGAGGUUACAAUAUAGAUUUUUGGGGGAAAUUUAUCGACAAUGUGGUUCAAAUGUUAUCGAAAUCAUGUGUAGUCCACACAAAGUAG